GUCUAAGUCGUUCAAUGACUGUACGCAAAGGGUGUCGAUUCUUCAUAAUUUUUUGAUCUGGGCCAGACAAAACAACAUCAAUCUCUUAUGAAAAAACUUAUCCUCACUACAAAAAAUAUGUAGACAAAAGAAUCAGAAAAUGUCAAGGCUUGCUUUAUUCUUCCUUGCUACGCUCCAUCCUGUCUGCGGCUUCAGCCAAGAUCCAACAACUCUAACCCGCCAAUCUACAGCAACCCUACAGGCACGAGACGUCGUUUACUUCACUACAAUAGUCACCGUAACAGCACAGCCGGCACACUCGACUACAUCGCCCUCAUACACCAACUCCACUCAACUCCAACUCGACUCUCUGACCCAAACAAACUUCUACCGCCAACAACACAACGCCUCGGCCUUAACAUGGAAUACCACCCUCGCUUCCUACGCCCAGAACUGGGCUGACCAUUGUAACUGGAAACACUCCGGUGGCCCCUACGGCGAAAACCUCGCCGAGGGCUUCUCCAACACCACCUCUGCCAUCGACGCAUGGGCCCGCGAAAGCACCGACUACUCGUACACCAAACCCACGGGGUUCAGUGAACAGACGGGCCAUUUCACGCAGUUGGUUUGGAAAGCUACGUCGCAGCUGGGCUGUGCUGUGGCGGAUUGUUCGCGGAAUGAUGAGACGUUUCAGGAGAAUGGGGGUGAGGCGUUUGGGUGGUAUUUUCUUUGUGAGUAUUGGCCGCCGGGGAAUGUGGGAGGGGAUGAUGAUGAGUAUUUCAAGGAGAAUGUUGAUCCGGUCGUGGAGUCGGGGGUGAUGGAGGGUAGGUGUGUUGGGAGGGUGGUUUGGGUGGCCGUUGUUGUUGGUGUUCUUUGGCAGGUGUUAUGA